AUGACUUUCUACCUCGUCACCUUCUGCUGCGCCUUCGCCGCGCUGGGAUCAUUCCUGUUCGGCUAUGAUUCGGGCGUGAUCUCUUCCAGUAUCGAGCAGGAGGCCUUCCUGCGCCAAUUCGGAUCGCCAACCCUAUCUGACACCGCAUCUGGGGUUAUUACCUCCUCGUAUAUCGGAGCCGCAAUCGUGGGCUCGAUCCUUGCCCCAUAUAUUUCGGAUUUCUAUGGUCGCCGAAUGAUCCUUUUCAUUGGCGGUCUUCUUGCUGCUCUUGGUUCUGGGCUCCAGGGAGGCGCGGUUAAUAUCGCGAUGCUUAUCGCUGGUCGAUCUAUCGCGGGUCUGGCAAUUGGGAAGAUGUCUGCUACUAUUCCAGUUUAUUGUAGCGAGAUCGCCCCGCCGCAGAUUCGGGGGAUGUUAGCUAGUAUGCAGCAAUGGAUGAUUUGCUUGGGGUUCGUGGUUGCUCAAUGGGUUGGAUACGGCAGUUCCCACCGAGGUGGAUCCUUCUCCUGGCGUUUCCCACUCUUCUUCCAAGUCGUGCCAUCAAUAAUUCUCACCUGUGGUAUCUGGUUCCUCCCCGAAUCACCAAGAUGGCUUAUGGAAAAGGGCAAAGUCACAGAAGGCCGCUCAGUCCUUGUCCGACUCCAUCUCAACCAACCCGAAACCAACACCCCCCAACUCGAACACGAGCUCUUCCAAAUCCAAGAGAGCCUCGCAUCCGAAAAGCAAUCCGCCGUUCGAUCCUGGCGCCAGCUCGUCCUCUCCCCGCGCUGGCGACACCGAAUCCUUCUAGCCUGCGGCUUGCAAGUAUUCACCCAGUGCUCAGGCACAAUCGUAAUCUCAUUCUACGGCCCACGCCUCUUCAAAACGCUCGGCCUUAAAACACCAACAUCCCUCAUGGUGAUCGGAGUCUGGGGCGCGCUAGCGCUGUUCUGGAACACGGUCUUCAUGCUCUUCAUCGAUAAAGUCGGGCGUCGGAAACUGCUUAUCCCAUCAUUACUAGGCAUGGGAGCAGCAUUGUGCAUCGAAGCCACGCUCGCGCGGUACAUCGAUUUCAACGACCCCAACGCUAACCCACAUGCGCUGCGAGCUGGCAUUGCCAUGUUCUUCGUCUUUUCGUUCUUCUUCACGGCUCUCGGGAUGAUCUCCUGGAUCUACCAGUGUGAGAUUUUUCCCACGCCCAUUCGAGCGCGCGGCUCGUCUAUGGCGACUGCCGCGAACUGGGGUGUUAGUCUUAUAUUCAUGCAAUGCUCGCCUAUUGCACUGAGGAAUAUCGGGACAAAUUAUUUGUAUUGUUUUGUCGCGUUCAAUUGGGCGGCGAUGGUUUUUGUCUGGGCGUUUUAUCCUGAGACUGUGGGUCGUUCUCUUGAGGGCGUUGAGGAGGCUUUCACGGCACAGUUUGUUGAUGAGCAGUCUGUGCGCUCUUUUGUGGUUCAUGAUACUCCGGUGGUUAAUGCGCCGCGCUCGCAGAUUCGACAUAAGGGGUUGCAUCCGCUGUCGAUGAAUCCUACUUAUGACACUGUUAGUAUCGGGAGCAGUCGCAGUGGAUCUGAGAUGGGGAUCGGAACUAAGGAGGUUUAG